GCGCGCUCUUGUGGCCUGCUGUCCUGGCGGCGCCAACAGGAGCGCGGAGAUCAUUUCGACAUGCUACACCGUGCUCUGCUCUGCCUGGCCCUGGCCGCGCUAGUCCGCGCGGGCGCCGGCGCCCCCGACGAGGAGGACCACGUCCUGGUGCUCCAUAAGGGCAACUUCGACGAGGCGCUGGCGGCCCACAAGUACCUGCUGGUGGAGUUCUAUGCCCCAUGGUGUGGCCACUGCAAGGCUCUGGCCCCGGAGUAUGCCAAAGCAGCUGGGAAGCUGAAGGCAGAAGGUUCUGAGAUCAGACUGGCCAAGGUGGAUGCUACUGAAGAGUCUGACUUGGCCCAGCAGUAUGGCGUCCGUGGCUACCCUACCAUCAAAUUCUUCAAGAACGGAGACACGGCGUCCCCCAAAGAGUACACAGCUGGCAGAGAAGCCGACGAUAUCGUGAACUGGCUGAAGAAGCGCACAGGUCCUGCUGCCAGCACGCUGUCUGACGGGGCUGCCGCGGAGGCCUUGGUGGAGUCCAGCGAGGUGGCAGUCAUCGGCUUCUUUAAGGACGUGGAGUCGGAGUCUGCCAAGCAGUUCUUACUGGCAGCAGAAGCCACCGAUGACAUCCCCUUCGGGAUCACAUCCAACAGUGACAUGUUCUCCAAAUACCAGCUGGACAAGGACGGGGUUGUCCUCUUUAAGAAGUUUGAUGAAGGCCGGAACAACUUUGAGGGGGAGGUCACCAAGGAGAAACUUCUGGACUUCAUCAAGCACAACCAGUUACCCCUGGUCAUCGAGUUCACUGAGCAGACAGCCCCGAAGAUCUUCGGAGGGGAAAUUAAGACACACAUCCUGCUGUUCCUGCCGAAGAGCGUGUCCGACUACGAGGGAAAGCUGAGCAACUUCAAAAAAGCUGCCGAGAGCUUCAAGGGCAAGAUCCUGUUUAUCUUCAUCGACAGCGACCAUGCUGACAACCAGCGCAUCCUGGAGUUCUUCGGCCUGAAGAAGGAGGAGUGCCCGGCCGUGCGCCUCAUCACGCUGGAGGAGGAGAUGACCAAGUACAAGCCAGAGUCGGACGAGCUGACGGCAGAGAAGAUCACCGAGUUCUGCCACCGCUUCUUGGAGGGCAAGAUCAAGCCCCACCUGAUGAGCCAGGAGCUGCCUGAUGACUGGGACAAGCAGCCUGUCAAAGUGCUCGUCGGGAAGAACUUCGAAGAGGUCGCUUUUGAUGAGAAAAAGAACGUCUUUGUGGAGUUCUACGCCCCGUGGUGCGGUCACUGCAAGCAGCUGGCCCCCAUCUGGGAUAAGCUGGGAGAGACGUAUAAGGACCACGAGAACGUCGUCAUUGCCAAGAUGGACUCCACAGCCAAUGAGGUGGAGGCAGUGAAAGUGCACAGCUUCCCCACGCUCAAGUUCUUCCCCGCCAGCGCCGACAGGAUGGUCAUCGACUACAAUGGGGAGCGGACACUGGACGGUUUUAAGAAGUUCCUGGAGAGCGGCGGCCAGGACGGAGCCAGGGAUGAUGAUGUAGGUGGUCACCGGACCCUGCCGCCCAUGGGACAUGCUUUCUCAGUGCUGCCGGGUAGCACUAUACAGGGGUGUUGCGAGGGUUUUUAGGUGCCAGUGUUUGCUCAGGAAUCUUCUCAGGCUCGUCUGGAUCUAGAAGACCUCGAAGAAGCAGAAGAGCCUGAUCUGGAGGAAGACGAUGAUCAAAAAGCUGUGAAAGAUGAACUGUAACACAGAAAACCAGACCUGGGCACCCAAACCCGGCACCUCCCAGUGGGCUGCACACCCAGCAGCACAGCCUCCGGACGCCCACAGACCCUCCCGGAGAGGGAGCGUCGAUCGGAAAUGCAGGGAACUUUUUUGAAGCCACACUUCACUCUAACACACGUGUAAAUCUAAACCCGUCUUCCUUUGCUUUUCAACUUUUGGAAAGGGGUUUAUUUCCAGGCCAGCCCAGCCCAUCUUGGUGGGCCUUUUUUUUAAAUUGUGAUGUACUUUUUUGUACAUGGUUCUGUCCAGAGUGCCCGCUAAAAUGUUUUGGAAUCUCAUGCUGGCAAUGUCUCAUUCCUGUUAGGUUUAUACUAUCACUUUAAAAAAAAAUUCCAUCUGUGGGAUUUUUAGAUGUUUUUGGAAGUCAGGGCGUCUGUUCCACCUUGGCCAGGCCUCCCUGGGACUCCUGUCCCCUGUGUGGGGCGGGACCAGGCCGGUCUGGACAGGUCCCUCACCUCAUGCGGUGUUGCCAUGGUGGAGCGUGGCUCCUGCAUCGUUUGGUUAAAUGGUGACUUCAGGUUUCUGUCACAGGGGCCCCCAUGACUGGAGGGUGCAGCUACAGCCCCUUCCUUCCCCAAGCCAGGGUCCUUGUUGCUCUGUGACAUCCAGGGUGGCCUGAGGCCUGCACCAGGCAGAACCAGGAUCCUCCGUUUCCAGGCUGGGAGACGGCCAAGGAUGCUUGCUUGAGCCGAAUCACAUGUUGACAGUUCUUCAGGCAUUUCUACCACAAUAUUGGAAUUGGACACAUUGGCCAAAUAAAGUUGAAAUUUUCUGCC